UAUCCACCCCGCCGCACUGACAUUCGCCCCGAGCGACAGAAAUGGUCGGCGCAACCAUGGCCACCGCCACCGUCACGGCCGCGUCGCCGCUCCGCGGCAGGGUCACCGGGCGUCCACGCCGCGUCCGCCCGCGUUGCGCGGCCGCGAGCGGCGCGACCGAGACUCCCGCGGCGCCCGGUGUGCGGCUGUCCGCGGACUGCGUCAUUGUGGGCGCCGGCAUCAGCGGCCUCUGCACCGCGCAGGCGCUGGCCACCCGAUACGGCGUCGGCGACCUGCUCAUCACGGAGGCCCGCGACCGCCCGGGCGGCAACAUCACCACCGUCGAGCGCCCCGACGAGGGGUACCUGUGGGAGGAGGGGCCCAACAGCUUCCAGCCCUCCGACCCGGUGCUCACCAUGGCCGUGGACAGCGGGCUCAAGGAUGACUUGGUGUUCGGGGACCCCAACGCGCCCCGGUUCGUGCUGUGGGAGGGGAAGCUGAGGCCGGUGCCGUCCAAGCCAGGCGACCUGCCUUUCUUCAGCCUCAUGAGCAUUCCCGGGAAGCUCAGGGCCGGCCUUGGCGCCCUCGGCAUUCGCCCACCUCCUCCAGGGCGCGAGGAGUCGGUGGAGGAGUUUGUGCGCCGCAACCUCGGCGCCGAGGUCUUUGAGCGCCUCAUCGAGCCUUUCUGCUCAGGUGUAUAUGCUGGUGAUCCUUCGAAGCUCAGUAUGAAGGCUGCAUUUGGGAAGGUCUGGAGGUUGGAGGAGAUUGGAGGUAGUAUUAUUGGUGGAACCAUCAAGGCAAUUCAGGAUAAAGGGAAGAACCCCAAACCGCCAAGGGAUCCCCGACUUCCGGCACCAAAGGGACAGACGGUGGCAUCUUUCAGGAAGGGUCUAGCCAUGCUCCCGAAUGCUAUCGCAUCUAGGUUGGGUAGUAAAGUCAAGCUGUCAUGGAAGCUUACGAGCAUUACAAAGGCGGACAACCAAGGAUAUGUAUUAGGUUAUGAAACACCAGAGGGACUUGUUUCAGUGCAGGCUAAAAGUGUUAUCAUGACCAUCCCGUCAUAUGUUGCUAGUGAUAUCUUGCGCCCACUUUCAAUUGAUGCAGCAGAUGCACUCUCAAAAUUCUAUUAUCCGCCAGUUGCUGCUGUAACUGUUUCAUAUCCAAAAGAAGCUAUUAGAAAAGAAUGCUUAAUUGAUGGGGAGCUCCAGGGUUUCGGCCAGUUGCAUCCACGUAGCCAAGGAGUCGAGACUUUAGGGACAAUAUAUAGCUCUUCUCUCUUUCCUAAUCGUGCUCCUGCUGGAAGAGUGUUACUUCUGAACUAUAUCGGGGGUUCUACAAAUACAGGGAUCGUCUCCAAGACUGAGAGCGAUUUAGUAGAAGCCGUGGAUAGUGACCUCAGAAAAAUGUUGAUAAAUCCUAGAGCAGCAGACCCUUUAGCAUUAGGGGUUCGAGUGUGGCCACAAGCAAUACCACAGUUUUUGAUUGGGCACCUUGAUCGCCUUGCUGCUGCAAAAUCUGCACUGGGCCGAGGCGGCUAUGACGGGUUGUUCCUAGGAGGAAACUACGUCGCAGGAGUUGCCUUGGGCCGAUGCAUCGAGGGUGCGUACGAGAGUGCCUCACAAGUAUCUGACUUCUUGACCAAGUAUGCCUACAAGUGAUGGAAGUAGUGCAUCUCUUCAUUUUGUUGCAUAUAUGAGGUGAGGCUAGGAUUGGUAAAACAUCAUGAGAUUCUGUAGUGUUUCUUUAAUUGAAAAAACAAAUUUUAGUGAUGCAGUAUGUGCUCUUUCCUGUAGUUCGAGCAUGUACAUCGGUAUGGGAUAAAGUAGAAUAAGCUAUUCUGCAAAAGCAGUGAUUUCUUUGUGAA